AUGCAAGGCGCGCCGGUCCCGAUUUACGCGCCCGUGCCGCCACCGCCGGCGAGGCAAGGAUACUAUGUUGGGCCCGAUCAGGCGACGACCGUAACAGCGCUUCCGCGAGUUGGGGAGACUCGAUGUUAUUGGACGCUGCUCUCGUCCUCGCUCCGCUUCCUUUACCUCGACCCCGUUCUUCAGUACCACCUUCAAGACCAGGCGUCAUUGCUCGUCGGCAGGAGUAUCAUUGACCUCGUGCACCCCGACGAACAAUAUGCCGCUCAGCGAGACCUUUCCGAUGUUCUCCAAACGGGCAACCUUGACGGAACCCUGACCAGAAUGCGCUUCUCCCGUCUCUCCCGCGUGCGCAGAAUGCUCGGCCAUCAAGGUCCCGCUCACUACUGGGCUGACGCUGAUAAGAUCGCUAUCGACGUCGACUGGAUGGCCGUGGACCUCGUAGCCAAUGUUGCUGCCGACGAUCUCUUACUCGUGUUCAUCCACGCGGCUGUCGACCUGUCUCCCUUAGAUAGCGACCCGCACCAACACAGCAGUUGGAGCAACUGGUGUGGCACUAGCCUCUUUGAUGGCCACGCUGCCCCGGCUCUCUUUCAGAGCCUUUGUGCGAGCCUGCCGGUGCCCUCGCAGACAUCGCGCGUAUUCCAAAUCAUGACCGCGCAGCAACCCCAUACGCUACUGCUGAGUUGGCCUCCGGAACAACCCCACGCACCUACCGCGACGGAAUAUGCACGACUUGCUGAAGGCGUCAACCUCAGUAGGGACGCACCCGCAAGCUCGGCGGCCAAAACUACUUGCACGCGUCGCUUCAAGGCUCGCGAGCAGGCCAUGAGCAGUUCAGACGCGUACCGCCUUGUCGAUUCAGUAUUUAUCCCUCACGCUUACACGCCAUCCUCUUCAGGCUCGAUCAUCUUUGCGUGCCACCACGUCAAGCAGGCUCGCCGUACAUCCGCACCCGCCGCCAUCUCGCCCAUGCACAGCCUGUACAUGACUCAACCGCAUCAGGACUAUCUUGAUUCGUUCGGGAUGCCAUCUCUCUCGAGCGCGGCAUACAUGCCAUCGUCGACGCCGACUCAGAUGCCCAACCAACCACAGCCAACAGCGCCUCAGGCCGUCAGCCAGACGUCCCACAUCCCUAGUCAAACCUACGCACCUCAGUCCCACUCCACCCAGUGGUCGCCACAACCUCCCGCUCAGGAGCUAUCGGGUUGGCAACCGUCGUAUGCCGGCGCAUCGUACGAGACGACUUCAUCUCAGCCCCAGUCGGCGUCAUCCCACCCGCAAUGGCUCCCCAGCGCGAGUUCUUACGACACGCCGAGCAUGAGCUAUCGCUCGGACUCGCCCCCGUACUUCAGCACCGCGCAUACUAUGCCCGCCGAGGUGCCACUCCCUCCCGUGCGCACAUCGCCAUCGGCGUCUUCGACCCCGUCGGCUAGUGGCGUAGGGCCGGUACGCAACGCAGGGCUACCUCCCGCGGGAGUGCCGCGAUGUUCGAGUUGCAAGGUCACUCACAGCCCCGAAUGGCGGAAGGGUCCCAGCGGCAAGAAGGACCUGUGUAACGCCUGCGGUCUACGUUAUGCCAGGAGCCGUGCGAAGAAAGAGGGUGCUCAGGGGAUACGCAAGCGCGGGAAGAGCACGGCGGCUACAACGACCAAGGCUGUACGCCAGAAUAGUGGGGAGAGCGCAUCAUUCGGCGCUGUAUCGGCCGCGGGAGGUACUGGUGCGGCCGGUGGGCGGCCUCAGAGCAGCCCUACGCCUGCGCCGUUCGUCCCGGUGUCCGGACAGCGCGACGUCUUCGACGACUUUUCUUCAACAAGUUCGCCAACAGACUUCUCUUCCACCACAUCCGGCAUGUCAGCUCCCAUUCUGAAAACCCCAUCGCCGCCGUUGUACAUGCAAGACAUGAAUGCGACGUCCUCGGGCAUGAACGGCAACACGCAAAUGCACGGCGCUCAGCAUACUCCGCUAAUGGCGCCCACGCCUACUCCUCCUGGCGCGACUACCGCGUACCAGCAGUCGCAGCAGGACAACACGCCGCCAAUGCAUGCUCAGCCUAUAUAUCCGCCGGCGCCAACUCCGCAAAAGCAGGUAUAUAUGACUGGGUAUGCGGGCGAGAACCGUGCAUACGCGAUGCAGCAGCCGCAACAGCUGCCGCCAUUCAAUCAGCUCUCGCACCGUUCCAGUGGGGAGAUGGCCCAGGGCCAGAACGGCAGCUUCAUGAAUAUGUUCUCUGACCCGCGUCAGCAGAGUGGUGGUUACGUCGGUCUGCGCUAG